UGCUCACUUCUCCCAUACACACACAGUGCUGGUACAGCUGCCGCCGCUCCUCUCAGUGCGGAUCUCAGCGGCGGCAGCAGAAGCGGAGGAGAAGGAGAGGAUUGUGACCGGACUGUCACUUGGCCGGGACAAGUCAGCACACAGCCAGCCGUCUCGUUGGGCUGUGGCGGAUCGGGAAGCCCGGGCUCCCCCCAUUCUUCUUCCCCGGGAUAAGAAUGACAGCCCGGUGGUGGAGCUCCUCCGGCUACUAGAUGGCUCUUGUUACGGUGCAGCGAUCCCCCACCCCCAGCACCACCUCCAGCCCCUGUGUGUCGAAUUCACAGUUGGAAGAAAAUGAAACGGAAGUUUUCUGCUGCCAGUGUGAAGAUACAGAACUCUUUAAUGGUACCAAUGAAGCAGACAGUGGGGAGGAAGAAUGCCGAUCACAACCCAGAAGCAUCAGUGAAAGUUUCCUGACGGUGAAGGGUGCUGCCUUAUUUCUUCCACGUGGCAAUGGCUCGUCUACUCCAAGAAUCAGCCAUAAACGCAACAAACAUGCAGGGGACCUCCAGCAACACCUUCAGGCCAUGUUUACAGUGCUCCGCCCCGAGGACAACAUCCGCUUGGCCGUAAAGUUGGAAAGCACCUACCUGAACCGAACACGUUAUAUGGUGGUUGUAUCCACAAAUGGAAGGCAGGACACAGAAGAAUGCAAUAGCUGCUCGGGGAUGGAUUUUGCAUGCAAUGAUAGCAGUUCCUGUACAAUGGGGCUCGUUCUUCCUCUCUGGAGUGACACUCUUAUUCAUUUGGAUGGCGAUGGGGGGUUCAGUGUGUCAACAGAUAACAGGAUUCACAUUUUCAAGCCAGUGUCUGUCCAAGCCAUGUGGUCUGCACUGCAAAGCUUGCACAAAGCCUGCGAGGUAGCCCGUGCCAACAACUACUACCCAGGCAGCCUUUUCCUAACAUGGGUUAGUUAUUACGAGAGUCACAUCAACUCUGACCAGACUUCAGUCAACGAAUGGAAUGCUAUGCAGGAUGUGCAGUCCCAUCGCUCCGAUUCUCCUGUGCUUUUCACUGAUGUACCGACAGAGCGAGAACGCACAGAACGUCUAAUUAAAAUUAAGUUAAGAGAAAUCAUGAUGCAAAAAGAUCUGGAAAAUAUUACAUCUAAAGAGAUCCGGACAGAGCUUGAAAUGCAAAUGGUGUGUAACCUGAGGGAAUUCAAAGAGUUUAUCGACAACGAGAUGAUUGUUAUCUUAGGACAGAUGGAUAGCCCAACUGAGAUCUUCGACCAUGUGUACCUGGGCUCAGAAUGGAAUGCUUCUAAUUUGGAAGAUUUACAGACCAGAGGGGUCAGAUACAUCUUGAAUGUUACGCGAGAAAUUGAUAACUUUUUCCCCGGAGUGUUUGAAUAUCACAAUAUCAGAGUUUAUGACGAGGAAGGCACUGAUCUCCUGGCUUAUUGGAACGAUACCUACAAAUUCAUCUCUAAGGCAAAGAAACAUGGAGCUAAAUGUCUAGUGCACUGUAAAAUGGGAGUGAGCCGCUCCGCUUCCACUGUGAUUGCUUAUGCUAUGAAGGAAUACGGCUGGAAUUUGGACAGAGCCUUUGAAUAUGUGAAGGAGAGACGCACAGUAACCAAACCGAACCCUAGUUUCAUGAAGCAGCUUGAGGAAUAUCAAGGCAUUCUGUUAGCAAGCAAGCAGAGGCACAACAAGCUAUGGCGCUCUCACUCGGAGAGUGACCUCUCAGAUCAUCAUGAGCCUAUUGGCAAAACAGGAAUGGAAAUGAGUAAAAAAGACAUUACAUCGUCAGCCGAGCAGCUCUCAGACAUACAUCAUUCCUAUACACUGGGACCUCAGGUGGAGAACUGUAACCCAAAUUGCCCCAACAGCAACACCUUGUGCAACGCAACACAAUCACAUUUUGAGUUUACAUCUUGUGACCUUCACACUGGACAAAUAGAGGACAUUUUGAACCUCAACACCAUGAAUGGUUGUCCGGUACGAUGCUGCUCAGAUGAGUCUCCUAUCUUCCUGGACAAUUGUAGACCAGAUAGAUUGUCUGGAGAUGUAUCUCCGCAUUCUGAAUCUUUUACUGAUAGAAGUACUGAGCUGCAGGACUUUAUGCUGGAAGAUAUGGAGAAAGAUGCACUGAAGAAUGAUUUGAACUGCCACCUCCUGCCUCUGAGGGAGCUUGGAUCGCAACCAGAUGAACCCCCAGAAUCCCCUGACCAACCUUCUUUUACAUCUCAGUCAGAAGACAUGAGUGCUGAUAGGAUUGAUUUCUUAAGUGCACUGGAAAAGUUUGUUGAAUUAUCUCAGGAGAAUCGUCCACGCACAUGCUCCACCACCCGGGCAGAGGAGCAGGUCGGCAAUGUUAAGAACGGGGUCAUAAAAGGAUCAUGGCCUGAAAAUGUCGUCUCUGAAAGCCCAGUGGAUAAGCUGCGAGUGAGCCCCGAUAUUGGCACACCACAUGUUUCUGAAGACUCUUCUACAGAUGAGGAGCAGCCAAAGGAGAUCUCUGAGCAAAAAGACCCACCUCUCCAAAUCUCACUCAGAAAAUGGAAUAUCUGUGAAAGAGAUUAUCACAGAGAUCGAGUCCUUCAACCAGGGAGCAGUCCAGUGCCAACAAAAAUCAGACAAUCUGUCUACUGUUUGGAGCAGAUAAUAGCAUGCAAGAAUCCAGUUUGUGAGAGUGGGACGAUCAUUGCUAAAUAUAAGCCUAAAGAUCAGAAGUGUCUGGAGGGCAAGCAAAGUUCUGAGGAGAUAGUGAAAAACUCAAAUGAGACAAGUGACCAGCAGGAUCUUUCUGGUUCCCGCUCUAAGUGGUGUGCAGGCUCUGUCGCCGAAGUGCCACGAAUGGAGUUUGAGGAACGUUUAAGGCAAGAGCAAGAACAACAACACAUCAUUGCUGUGCCAGUACGAAAGAAUUCUAAGAAUGACGCCGCUGUUUCUGAUACUUCCACAAAGUGUAGGCUUGAAGAUUCUUCACUUGAUAUCGCAGAUCAUGAAAGGGAUAAAAGGGUCAAAAUAAAAAUUACAGGGUUUGAGGCUGCAGAAUCCCCCAGAUCUGAGCCAUCUACAGAUUCACAAUCAUCUCUGCUGUUUGAGCUUCCUUCUGAGCAAGUAAAGCAGGACACUAACCAUUCAGAGCUUGAAGAUAAACAUGAAGACACAGGGAAAGAGCACCAGUCAGCUCCUACAACUGAAAUCUUGGAGAGAACAAAUGAGUUGGUACAUUUUCCAAAGAGGAUAGAAUUAGAUCAUAGCAGCAAGUCCUAUGAUAGUAAUGACAACAACAUUUCUCCCCAAGAUUCUGUAGUAUAUACUGGGGAUGUAGCUGUGGACUCCAAAAAAUUUCAUCAUCUGCCCUUAGAAUCACCCUUAAGAAAUGUCUGUUCAAGCACGUCUGACAGUUCUUAUAUAGAAAACCUGCCUUUGCUCAGUGCACCAAAAUUGGGGCCUCCAAAUGUCUCCUUUACUAUAGGUAGCCCAAAGGAAGAGUUCAUAAUAGACUUCAAAGAUCCUUCUGCGACUAGUCCUGGAGUACAUUCAGAUUUUCCAAGUUCCCCUAGUUCCCCCAGUUACUUGUGUCACCCAUUCUCCAUUGUUUUAGAAGGUGCCACUGAAACGUGUACCAGUACAGAAGAGGAUUAUGGGAACCUUUCAAAUUGCACAGACAAAUACAGCAGUGACGUCUUCAUGGGUGAGAGCGAGUUGAUGCAAAGGGAAACAGACAGUGCCUUGUCACAAUUGAGCCAUGAAGAUCUUGACUUAAUCAAUAAACUUACUGAGAAUAUACGGGAACUACGUGAAGUAUUGGACAUCACCGCUUUAUCUUUUGGCCUUCCUCAUAGCUCCAGUAGUGACAGCAUCAAAGACUUUGGUAACAAUUCUGGUGUUGUUAAGCAAAGAGCAAAAGAAAUUGAGGCACGGAUUCGGCAAGCUGGUCUCACCACUCCGUCCCAAAUGAAACGUUCUGCAUCUCUGGCCAAACUGGGCUGCUUGGAGCUUUCUAAAGAUGAUUUGUCUGAAAGGGAAUCUGUCUCAUCUGACAAUAACCAAACUUACCCUGAUCUGUUUCAGAGCUCCCUCCGGAUUGUGCCAGGAAAUUGUGAAUCGGAUUUGAACUCAAAAUCUGAAGACCCACCAGGAAAGCUUUGCAUCCUUUCUGUCCAAGCUUCUACAGGAGUGGAACCCACCCAACAUUUUGUUGAGCAGAUAAAGACUGCAGAAUGUGUUGUGAAAAGCAAACCAGUGGAAAAGCCUCUUGUGCAGUAUGCCAAAGAGUUUGGUACAACUCAACAGGGUUUACUUCUAAGUUCAGAGUCUGAAUUGACAGUUUCCCAGGAGAACCUUCACCAAUCGGUGGAGCUAGAACCUACAGUCCCACUGGUAACUAGAACACCCAGGCAUGAGCAUGGUAGAACUCAUCCUCUGAGAAGGCUAAAAAAGACCAACGAGAAGAAGAGGACAACCAAUCCACUAUACAACACCAUGUAGUCCUGGAACUUUUUAGUGUUUGUUUUGAUCUUUUAAAGGGGCAGGUGUAAUAUGUGAGGAACGUGCACUUUAUUGGUUAAUUUUAUAUAUUUUGACAUAUUGUUUUAUGUUUUACUGUUCCUGAUGCAUGUAUGGUAUGGGCUUCCCCUACUCCUCCUUCCCUUUUUGUAAUUAAUUCCUGACUGCACAUGUUAGUCAGUGUACAUAUAUAAAUAUAUAUAAUUUUUUGUUUUGUUUUUUUAACUCUUGAGAACCUCAGAUGUUUGUUUUAAUAGCAGGUAACUGUUCCAAGUUAAGUCUUCAGGCUGUGUUGUCUGAUUGACAGUGUCUACCAAUGCUGUAGGAACAAGGCGCACUUUCAGAUGCAACAUGUUUCGGCUUUCUUCAGCACUUCAAAUCAGUGUUCUUGUCUGAGGAAUGGUGACUUCUAUGUCCUCAGCAAAUGUGAAAGAGGUUUGGAGAGCAGAGGUUGUUUAUUAGUCUGCUGGUUUUGCAGUGUUCUGAAAUUGCCGUCUUCAGUUGCUUUUUAUGCUUUUCCCAAAUCUUAAGUUAUUGUAGAAUUUCCUUCCCUGUAUUUUUUUUUUAUUUUUUUUAAAUGGAGUCACUUUCUUUCCCUGCAUUCUAUACCAAAUGCCUUUUUGGGGUCAACAGUUUUGCCAUGUGUCAGAAGAUGCCAUGGCAGGUCUAGGGUUCAUAGUGCCACUUGGCUGUUGACUUUCCACUCUUUAUAUAAACCUUACUGGCAAGACGAAGCCCAUUUCUAUGGCAAGUCUAGAUCAUGACAUUUCAGAUGUUUUAGACCGCUCUAUUUAACGGAACAGCCACAGUAUCUACACUUCAACCCCUGGCAGUACAUCUUUAUGUGCAGAAUUUUAUUCUGUUAGUGAGGUUGGAGGCUGCCACAGCCUGACUGAACAUAGUCCUACACUUUUAGCCCACCCCAAAAAUUGGUGGGUUGAAUAAUCACCUAACCCCUAAGGGUGCUGCUGUUGCCAUCUUCAUGCUUUAGUUCCUAAGUAACAAUCCCUCAUGGUUCUACAAAAUGGGACAUAUAAUUAAAUCCUUUGGGCAGCACAAGACCCUUUGUAUUGGCUCCAUGAGGGAGGCAGAGCUGAGAACUUUGGUAUGGAGAUCUCACCAAUGGAUUCCUCACUGAUGUCUGCCCAGAGGUUGCAGCAUCUGUCUUGGCGGAAUGGCCUUUUACGCACUGAAGGCUUUGACUUGUUAAAAGGAUACCAUGUGACCAGGCAAAUGUCUGAUCUGUAUUGGAAUGUGCUCUUAUUUGUUGAUCUACGAUAUGGAAAUUAACCCUUCAUUACUUGAAAUAGUGCUGUGGACCGUCAGUUUAUGGCCAUAUUUGUUUUGCCUUUUCACCUUUUUUGUUUUUAAUUUGAUACACCUCUCUCUUGACCCAAUUUCCCUCCAUUUCCACCUUCACUCACUAUAAAUCUAGUGAUUCUUAGUGCUGCCUAUCUGUCUGUAUGAUAAAGACCUGUAAAUGUUACGUGGUGAGUGUGUUUGAUAUUCAGUGCAAAGCUAUCAAAUAUUUGGCCUUCCUAGAACUAUUAUGUCAAUGUUUGCUUGUAUUGAAGUAUAUAUGUUUGAGUGUGUGUACGAGUUUAUACGUUAUCACACUCAUACAUAUAUAAUGUUUAUUAUGUUCUAUAUUGAACUUUUACUGACUGGGGUUUUAUUUGGCAAUAUUUUGCUGCAACUGGAAUACUCAAUUUAGUGAUUUUUUUUAAUGAUCAUUUCCUGUUUUUAGCAGUUGUUUUAAUUUGCUGCUCUACUUUGCAGAACAUGGUUCCUGAAAGGCAACUAAACUUCAAAAUGAACCUGAAAACGUGCACGCAUACCUUCAAAAACAUUAUACAAGGAUUCCAAAAGACGCAAAGAAAUUGUCUUUAAUCUGUUGAUGCUUUAUUUUAAAAAGGCAAAUGUUAGGUCUAGCAUAGGUUUUGUGUUCACAAGCACGAAAGGAAAAUUCUACUUUUUAGGGCUAUUUUGUAACCUCGGUCCUGUGUUUUCCAAAAUCAGUUAACUAUAAAAUACUUGUCAUUAGACAAAAAUAUUUUCCCACCUAUAGUGCUUCUCAACAUUGAAGUCGACCUGUAACUCUUCAUUAUGUUUGACCUUCUUGCUGGCAUAGUGUAAUUUUAAAGGGCUGAAAAUUGUACCCUCUUUACAGAAAAUUCUUCUCUGUUCACUGCUGGUUUAAUCACAAGCCUAGGUCUUUGACUUAUCUUUUGUUGAAGAGUGUCUGGUAACACUGACCAGCUUCUUCAGCAGAAAUCGCAUUACCAAAUGUCCCAGGUUUUGAUUAUGUAUCAGUUGUGUGUUCAUAGCAAACCUGUGCUUUUUCUAUUUAGAGUGGUCUCAUUGCCAGUUCAUAGCCUUGUGUGAGGUGCAACUCUGGACUUGCACUUGGCUUUUGCAAUCUCUCCUUGCAGCUUAACUUGGUGAAGGAGACAUUGUCACUUUAAACCCACAGAUACAUAGUGCUCCCCUACUGCUCUUUUCUCAACUCGGCCUCUCCAAAAUACCCACGUGAUGGUGCUCGAGUUUAGAGAUUGACUGCUGAGCCUGAGCACUGUCACAUAAAGAAGUGGGGGGGGGGGGUCUCGCUGAUCCUGCUGUAUUUGCUAGUAUCAGUGGCUUGAGGGUUUGGAGACUUCCUUAGAUACUUUCUCAUUGCUUGGCAUGGACAAAGCGACAGGGUCUCUUCAAAGUGGACCUGUUGCUUUGCACUGCUUGGGCAACAACACAUAUUGUAAAGCCAGACAUAGAUAGUUUGAAUCAGAUUCAAACCAUGUAUGGGCAGGCUGAAUGUACCCAAGUUGAUGAUCAACUUGGGUAAAACCAGCCUGAUGGAUUUUACAUGCUAUUAUUGCUGGCAGCUGUUUUACAACACAGUGGCUCCAUGGGAGAGAUAGCUCCAUCAACACUUAUUGUGUUGGGGGGAUUGAGCGAUUUUCUUUUAUGCAACCUGUGGUUGCAUGAAAGAAAGUUGCUUAGUCUUUGGCUGGCCUAACUCUCUUAGUGUGUUGCUUAUUUAAAUUUCUUAUGUGCACAUGAUAGGUUACAGAUAAAAGAUCUAAAAUAGAAAUGUGUCCAUGUAGUUUACACCCACAAGCAAAAAAGCCUGCGACUACUUAAAAUUAAGAAUAUUGGCGAAGUCUAUAGGGUUCAUUUAAGGUAUUUAUAAUGAAAAUUAGCUCAUAAUUUUUUAGGCACUAUUUUUCUGCUUCUUUUGAAUCCCUGUAAUCUGUUUUCUACACGUGUGCAUUACAUGCCAUGGGCUGCUUUCAGGAUUUAUAUACUGGAUGAGUACAAACGGCAGUUGCUAAAAGUGCAUAUGUUGUAUGCUUCUUCAUUUUAAAGCAUCUUGCAUUUCAGGUUUAGUUCCUGUAGAACAUCUUCUGGAACCAGUCAGCAGGUCUCUGAGACAUACUUAUAUUCCGUCCCUGCUCCUCCAUGAAGUCAAGUCUCACUGUGGACUGAAGGCCAAGGCAUAGUGCGCAGAUCUUACACCAGACUCUUUAGCUAUCAUUUAGUUAUACUUCAGUAGCAUGCAAAGCAGUCUGGGAGUUGUAGUUCAGUAAAAGUCGAGAGAUCCAUAGCUAUUGUCUCCCCUUUACAUAAUUCAUUUGUUGCUGCAAAAUGUGCCUGCCAAGUUGUGUGAAGUUCCAUCAGGAUUGUCAAAUCAGUUGUACUUAUUUACAUGUUCUUAUUAAUGUGUUUGUUGAAGCUGUGGUUAACCUUUCCAAAUGGGUAGAGAGAACAUCAUAAGCAGCAGACUUGAAUAAAUGAAAAUUAAUGGAGACAAUGUUGACGCACAGGCUUAUAUAUGAUCUCAUUGGCUGCCUCAUUUGUGACCAGAUCUCCAGUUGAGUAACUUGUAAGUGUAACCCGUCAUGGCCUCUGCAGAGAGGGGAGCGCCCAUACAGAGACUCCUUACAGCAGCUCACUCUUCGACAAGUUUUAUUUUGUAAAAUGUAAAACAAUGUUUUUUUAGGCAUUUUUGUACAAAACGCUGUUCUUUGGUCUUUUACAAAAAAUACUGUGGUUGAGGAAAUUUAUUGUUUACAUUGUGAAUAUUAAACCUGAAUAAACAAAAAAUACAAAUUG